AUGAAUCCUCCCAUUGUUGAAAUUAUCAAAACUAUUCCUUCUUUUGCCGAGCUCCUAAAUCGAGACGACCUACUCUCUGAUGACCGCAAUGUAACAAACGCAUUUUUCAAGGAAACGGUGCACCAGAACAACGGUGUAACGGAUUACCUAUUCCGUUACCGAAGACCCUCCACCAACGAAGGCACGGAUUCCAAAGCGUACCUCAUACUACAAUUGGAUAAAGGGGUUACCGGUCAAGCACACAUAGCACAUGGAGGAUUCCUCGCGACUGUGAUGGACGAGGUGACUGGUGGUCUGGUUGGCGCCACAGGAAUCGAUAAUGGCCAUGGGAUGUUCACCUUGUCUAUGAAGCUGGAAUAUCUCAAGCCCGUAUACGCUCCCGGUACGAUCAUGGCAGUGGCAGGCAUUGUCAAGAGGGAAGGCCGAAAGGUCUUUUUGGAUGCUUACAUCAAAGAUAACUGUGGCGAUAUCUGCACAAAGGCGGAGGUUCUGUUUAUCACAAAAAGACCUCACAAGUCUUAG